CCAGAGCCCCCCAUGAAAUGGGCCUGAAGAGCCGAUUUAGCUAAAUCACCAUCACGGCAAUUUCAGUCAGAAAAGAGCCGAGCAGCAACCACCCGCCCGCCCCCCAACCUUCUCCCUUUUUCCCGCCGCCGCCCUCCCCGCCGUCGGGGCCUCGCAGUUUGUACGAGUGAAGAUCAAUUGUUCGCACAAUGAGCUCUACGAGAAUUUCACUCAACCAGUCAACACUCAAUAUGUGCUAUAUUCGCCGACAAUUCCUCCCGGACAGAGAGAGAUCAUUAAAUGUCAAAAUUAGCAGCGGGAGAGUAACUCGCGCGUCUCUUAAUGUGGAGGUUGAAUCACCUGUCGAGAAGGCAGCAUCCAAUAAGAGCAAGGAAGCGAUGGAGGCGGCAGCAAAGUUUCUAGUAGGCACCUAUGCGAGGGCGCCCAUUGUGCUUAGCAGUGGCAAAGGAAGUAAAUUAUAUGAUUUAGAAGGGCGAGAGUAUUUGGACAUGACCUCAGGAAUUGCCGUGAACUCCCUGGGGCACUCAGACCCUGAUGUGGUUAAGGCAGUGAUCGAUCAAGCAAAUACUUUGGUUCAUGUCAGCAAUGUGUACUACUCUGUCCCUCAGAUAGAGCUUGCCCGGCGACUUGUGGAGAGUUCCUUUGCUGAUCGUGUCUUCUUCUCAAAUUCCGGAACAGAAGCAAAUGAAGCAGCUAUCAAGUUUGCUCGGAAGUUUCAGAGGCAUUCAAACCCAAACGAAAAGGAACCGGCCACAGAGUUCAUAGCCUUCACAAAUAGCUUCCAUGGGAGGACAAUGGGAGCCGUUGCUUUGACAAGCAAAGAGCAGUAUAGGUCUCCUUUUGAGCCUGUAAUGCCUGGAGUCACUUUUGUAGAGUAUGGGAAUAUACAGGCCGUAAAGGAAGUAAUACGAAAGGGCAAAACUGCAGCUGUUUUCGUGGAGCCUAUUCAGGGCGAAGGAGGCAUACGUAGUGCAACGAAAGAGUUUCUGCAAUUUCUUCGAAGUGCUUGUGAUGAUGCUGGAGCUCUUCUGGUCUUUGAUGAGGUUCAAUGCGGGCUCGGUCGAACUGGUUGCCUCUGGGCACAUGAGGCCUAUGGUGUUUUCCCCGAUAUCAUGACCCUCGCGAAGCCUCUCGCUGGAGGAAUGCCCAUUGGAGCUGUUCUGGUGACUGAAAGAGUCUCUUCCGCCAUAAACUACGGAGAUCAUGGAAGCACAUUCGCAGGUGGACCGCUGGUGUGCCAGGUCGCUCUGGCAACUCUCCACAAGAUCUCGAAUCCCAAUUUCCUAUCAAGUGUCACGAAGAAAGGCGAGGGCUUCAAGCGGAAACUGGCCGAGAAGCUGGGAGGGAAACCGCACGUGAAGGAAAUCCGUGGGCUGGGCCUGAUCAUAGGUAUAGAGUUAGAUGUGUCUGCAUCGCCUCUUGUAGACGCUUGUCGAGAGUCAGGCCUUCUGGUUCUAACAGCAGGCAAAGGGAACGUGGUGAGGUUCGUCCCUCCAUUGAUCGUGAGCGAGCAGGAACUGGACCAGGCUGUCGAGAUUCUCACGAGCUGUCUGCCCAUUCUUGAUGAGAGCAGCAGCUCAAACUAGUAGAAAAUCCUGCAGAGUUCAAGUAAGUGCUUCUGGGACCGGUAAGCAGAGGCUGCUAAUUUUACCAUUGAUCAUAUGUACGCUGGAGGUCACUUACAAGAAUAAAUCAUGCUCGGCAAAUGGUCAGUCGGUGGAAUCAUUGGAUGCUUCUGCUAUGCCUUUGAAGAUGAUUAUGUUGUAUACUAGUAAUUCGUAUUUCAUGUUGCUACCUGAUCCCGAGUCUUCUUUUCAUCUCGCGGAAGUUUCUUUUAGAUUUCUGGUGCUUUCAUCUCUUGAUAGCUCAGGAACACUUCUCUUGAAACUUUGCUUGACAAUGGGCUUUCUGAGCAUACUUCCAGCAACUAAUUGCCGAGCACUGGAAUACAAGACAGUCCAUUUCGGCAUCGAAA